AGGGAUUGCAAUGUGUAAGGAGAUAGGAUUCUUCAUGGAGAAAGAUUGAGAAAAGCGUUUUUCACUUUCAGUUUCAGUUAUCCCUCACUUCUCUUCUGAUGCUUUUCUCAAACUCAACUAGUUCAUCACAGUAUUCACUCACCCAAAUGAUAAGGCAGUAACCCAAAUGGCUGCCACGUGCUGCAACUUCACCCAACCUUCUUCUGCUUUCAGCAAACUCCAUGACCACAUUCAGCUGCAGCGCUACUUCACAAAGUGCCAGCAGAGAUCAACAUGUAGUGUUGUGAAAGUCUUUUUUCAUAGGAGAUAUGGGGGAAGGUUGGAAGUUGAACAGUAUCAACAUGUGUUAUGUGCAAGAGGAGUGGAGUUAUCCCCUUCUGUCAUUGGAGACUCUGGAGAUGAAACUGAGGAAGAUAUUUCAAAGGAAACGUUGAUUUGGAGAGCCAUCAAGUUGCCAAUUUACUCUGUUGCAUUGAUUCCUCUCACUGUAGGUAGUGCAGCAGCGUAUUUGCAGACAGGGAUAUUCUCAGCUAGAUGUUAUUUUGUUCUACUGGCUUCCUCAGUUCUUGUUAUUACCUGGCUCAAUUUAAGCAAUGAUGUUUAUGAUUUUGACACUGGAGUUGACAAGAACAAAAAGGAAUCAGUUGUAAACCUGGUCGGUAGUCGUAAAGGAACCUUCAUUGCUGCGUACUUGUGCCUUGCUCUUGGCUUCGUUGGGCUGGCUUGGACUGCUGUUGCAGAAAAAAACAUUCGUUCAAUGUUGUUUCUUGUUUGUGCAAUUAUUUGUGGCUAUAUAUAUCAGUGUCCACCAUUUCGGUUAAGCUACCAGGGGCUGGGAGAGCCCUUGUGUUUUGCAGCAUUUGGUCCCUUUGCUACUAGUGCUUUUUAUUUACUACAUGGGAGUGCAAGUGUGAUGAAUCGUGUCCCUUUAAGUGGAACAGUUCUUUCUGCAUCAAUUCUUGUUGGCCUCACAACAUCUCUUAUCUUGUUUUGCAGUCAUUUCCAUCAGGUGGAAGGAGACAAAGAGGUUGGGAAAAUGUCACCAUUGGUUAGACUUGGCACUGAAAAAGGUGCAGAGGUAGUGAAAGGGGCAGUUUUGAUGCUUUAUGCUCUUUUGGCUGCUUUUGGUCUAAGCAAGGCACUUCCUCUUACUUGUAUAUUCCUUUGUGCAUUGACCUUGCCAAUGGGAAACCUGGUCGUUAGAUUUGUAGAAGAGAAUCACAAGGACAAAAACAAGAUUUUCAUGGCUAAGUACUUCUGUGUAAGGCUACAUGCUUUGUUUGGAGUUGCUCUGGCUUUAGGCCUAGUACUGGCUAGAAAAACAACAUUUACACCAUGGCCAAUAUUGAGUUGAAGAUUGGCUUGUGGAAAGAGGAAGUAAACCAUAACAUUCUGGUGAUGAACACUUUCUUCUGCAUAUGGUUUCGAAACAAUUCUCAUUUUCUUCCUCUUCUUGUGGCCUAAUGAGUUUGAAGAAACUGAAUGACAUUGACAACAAUCAAGAGUUGUGCAAAAAGCAGAAGAUGGUUCCACUAUACAUGCACCUUUCCACUGUUAGCCCUUAGUUGAUUAGAAGAACAACAACAGUCGCUGCUAAGAAUUUUUUUUUUUUUUUGUGAAAUCAGAUCACAUGUAGAUUCUUUAAUAUUUGACAACAAACUAUACAGAUUAGAAUGAAAAUUGGAUUAACCAUAGAGUGAAA